AUGCAGGACUGUGGGGCUGAAGCUACCUGGCAGCAGAUCCCAGGCAUAGCCCAAAGGACAAGAGAGAAGCUGAAGCUAGACCUGUUAAUAAAAGUGAAAUUUGGAGAGAGCAUUGAGGACUUACAGACCUGCCGACUCUUAAUUAAACAGUACAUCCCGACAGGACUUUUUGUGGAUCCGUAUGAGUUGGCUUCAUUACGAGAGAGAAACAUAACAGAGGAAGCAAGGCCGACUGGCACUCGCCCCAAUCUAACGGUAGACCAAGCUGUCGCUCGCUGCCUUCUCGGUCCCUGCGGGAGUGUGGGCCGGGGGCGGCCCCCAAAAGUAGGAGGUGCGGGCGGAGCAGGUCUGCGAGUCAAAGGGUCGCGGCGGCACACUUGCAGCAAGAAUCGGAAGGAGCAGGAGACCGCGAACAUAGGCCCAGGAGCAACGGCAUCCAAAGAGGAACAAGCAGUAAAAAAUCUCAACAUGGAAAAUACCCAACAGGAAAAAGGAGGGGGGGACCAGGCCCCUUUGCAGAAUGGAGAGGAAUCACACGAUUUGGGAGUGGGUAGAGGCCAGAAGCCUGGAGGAAAUGUCAGGCUGGGACGGGUUAGACGACUUGUCCCUAAUUUUCGAUGGGCCAUACCCAGCAGGCAUAUUGAUCACAAUGAAGUGGGGGAUGAUGUAGAGAAGCACGUAGGGCAGAUGAUGGAAAUCAGGAGAAAGACUAAGAAGCAGCAAAUGAGGCAUCAUGUGCGCUACCAAACUCCUGAACCUGACAAUCAUUAUGAGUUUUGCCUAUACCUUGAAUCCUAA